AUGAGGAGGAAGAAGUUUGUGCUGCUGUUGGAUGAUGUUUGGGAAGGUCUUGAUCUUGAAAAGAUUGGGAUUCAUGCACCUAGUAAGGACAACGGGAGCAAGGUGGUUUUCACAACGCAUUCCAUGGAGGUCUGCAGCGACAUGGAUACCGACUGCAAGCUGAAGGUGGAGGCGAUGGCGAACAAGAGGAGUGAGCAUGAAUGGAGAUAUGCAGUGGAGAUCCUACACAAGACCCCUUCACAAGUUCGAGGCAUGGAGGAUGUUUUCAAUCUUCUCAAGUUCGGAUAUGAUAAUCUUGGCAGCGAUAAUCUGAGGUCAUGUCUGUCGUAUUGCUCGCUGUUCCCUGAAGACUAUGAGAUUGAGAAAGAGCAGCUUAUUGAGUCCUGGGCAGGGGAAGGCUUCUUGGGAAAUGGCAGUAACCUGCACAUAAUGGGGCAUGCCAUUAUUGGAUCACUGAAAGUUGCAUGCUUCUUGGAGACUGGAGAAGAUCCGUCACGAGUCAAGCUACACGAUGUGGUGAGGAGUUUCCUGCUGUGGAUUGUGCCUGAGCAACGGUUCAUAAUGCAGGCGAGCCAAGGCCUGACAGAGGCGCCGUGUGGGGAGAGAUGGGAACAAGCUGAGAGAAUCUCUUUGAUGGAUAAUCAGAUCACAAAAUUGUCUCAAUCACCUCAUUGUCCCAAUCUUUCAACAUUGCUGUUCCACUGGAACAAUGGGUUGAGCAAAUUCUGUGAUGGUUUCUUCCAAAACAUGCCAGCUCUCAAGGUUUUAGACUUAUCCUUCACCAACAUCAAAGAGCUUCCUCCGAGCAUCUGCAGAUUAGCCGCGAUUCACCAUCUUGAUCUAUCAGGAACUAAGCUAACCACACUGCCUAGAGAGCUUGGAUACCAUGGUUGGGGGAUGCAAACCACCGCUACCGCUGCCGAUGCUAGUGAGCUAAGGCUUGCUGACUUGGAACGCCUGAGCAGCCUCGACUCUCUUGGGUUCACUGCAACCUCCUUCUCUGAUCUCCACAAUGUGUCGCGCAGCAGAUUCUUGCGUGGAUGCAUACACUACUUGCACAUCAAGGAGUGUGAAGGCCUGCAUCAACUGCCAUUGUCAUCAUAUGCAGGAGACGAUGAUCAACUAUGA